CUUGGAUGAUGACGUAGAAGUGUCUUACCCUAUGCGCAUGUCUCGCAGCGACUGAAGAGAACAAUGGAAACUAUCCGUCCUUAUAACUUUGAACCUGUUCGAAACGCUAGAGAUAUGUCAGAAAGUGAUUCUGGCGGUAGCGACGACGAUGACCAAACGCUUCAUGUCCCUGAUACGCGUACGGAACGACUAGAAAACACCGACUGGUGUACUUGUGGUCUGUGUAUCGUCAUGCCGAGCAUUACAGAAUGCAUCUGCUGCAAGGAAGUCGAUGCUCUGAGCUGGAGACUUCAUGGCGUGCGAUGUGCGACAGCGCAUGACAGUUUUCACACUGUCUGCUUACACUAUGAAGUUCUACGCACAGCGGUAGGUGUCAUGAACGUCUCUCCAGGCUCCAUUACAGAACCUCUUACGGCCAGGCUUUUGAGACUGGCGGCUUACCGCCAAUUUACUCACUGGGCUCACGAGAUGUUGGGGAGAGGUGUACGAAUAGUCAUACCAUCGUGUGUGGUGUCUGCCGAACGCAGAGCGUUUCCAGAAGAGAGUGGGCACUAUGUUGGCUUUAGAGAUGCUAAUGAUUCUCAGUGAUGUAUUAGCUAACAAAUGAAUAUGUAGUUGACACAAACAACUGGAAACUGGACUAAUACUUCUAAUUGAAUCUAGUACUAGUUCUGCGUAUAAUCUCUUCUUUGGGAGGCUGUUCGUGCCCAGCUAUAUUUAUGGGUAAGUGCACUGGUGGAUCUUUAGCUUUGUGGUGCCUUAUGGGAUUGUGCUCCAUUGAUCUUCUCUUCAGCACAGACGUUGAAAUUUUGUGGAGGUAUUGAUACGAUUUUGUCUCAGCUAUAGGCUUUGCUACCCAGGCUUUGGUAGCUUUAGGAAAUACAACUUUAUACCUCUUGAUUCCUUCACUUGUUGUUGCUUGUUCUCGAUCAAUGUUGUAAUUAUGGUCCAGAGCAGCCAGCUGUAUUCUUGUCAUCAUACCCUUAUACCCAAAAUGCUGCCUUUUGGACAGUACUUUGUGAGAAGUGAGUGAAACACUUCUAGCAUGCCUGUGUGACAAAAUUUGGUGAGCUUUGGUAUGUCUCUUAGUAACUUUUUGUCUAACACAACCUCUUUUAGGGCCUCAUGAGCAUUGGAGCCAGGCUUCAGCCAGGAUUUUUCGUCACAUUCCUCACGUGUUAGCUCUUCGUGUUCACAUGUUGUAAACUUGCUAGCACCUUCCCAAGAGUGGACGUUUUACUAUGUGGUGGAUAACUGAUGUCCACUUUUCAGUAAGUAUUUGGGAGUCUCCAUCACAAGACUGAGAAGACCACCACAGGUGAUUGGAGAUGGAUUGGAUCCAUGGCAGGAGUUUAGUGCAUCUCUUAGAUUUUCCCUUCUGUGUCAGCUUUUUUGCUAUUCCUUUAGACACAUGCCAAACAUCAAAUUGAUGGUCUAUGUUGGGGUAUUUCUUUCUCAUGGUAGCUGCAAUUUGGAUAUGUCUGUCAGUUGCAAUUUGUUUGAUGUGCAAGCCUUCAGUUUGCAGCUUUUGAAGUGAACGUUCAAAUCCUUCGCGUUCCAUGACAACAGAGUUGGCAACUUCACUGACUUGAACAAGUUGGAAGUCAAGUAUUAGUCCAGUUCCUGCUCAAUGUGAGUGUAUGUGCCAUAUUUGGCAGAAUAGCCAGGACUAUCACAGCGCCCGUCUCCUAGGAGACAUAGGGGGUGUCUUUGAACUGUUGAAGAAUGGAUUUCUGGUGUUUUUCCCAAAAGUCAUUUAUGACUGGUAUGAGGUAUGCAUCUUGGAUUCGAUAGAAGGUAGACUCACUCAUGAACUGCAGUUUCAAAACAUCGGCAAAUUGCGAAAAUUUUGCAAAGUUUCCACCACAGAGAAGGAUUGCAUUGGCUGCUAAUAAGUUGCCUGCUGGAAUGUCCUUGACUAAUGGCUGUGAGUUCCAAGUAAUGGAAUGACCAUUGGAGCACUGCAGUGUCACAGUCAACAUGCUUCCUUGUGAGUGUUCUGAUGUGCUUUCAACAACUGCUCCGCAGGUUGGACAGAAUCGAAGAAGGGUAUGGAGGCAGCUACUGAAAACAAUGUAUUUUUGUUCUGCUUCUGGUGGCAAUUUUUCUGUUUCGUCUAACUGAACUGAUGUUACUGAUGUGUCUGCAGCAGCUGUAUCAUUGAAAGGAUCGUAGUCUGUACCAGUAUAAAUGUCACGUGAUACCUCUCCCUCCGAGGAAGCAGUAGGACUCCCUGGGUCAGCCGCUACCAAGAAUGAAGGGGGAUAAAAUGCCCUAUCAGCUGAAGGAAUGGGAGAGGAGGUUAAACAAUAUGAAUGUUCUUCUGGAUUCACAAUGUGUGACAGAUCGUACUGCGUUGAUGCAUCACACAUUAGUGGUAGAGUGUUUGACUCUGGUAUCUCCUGGUCUUCCAAUCCUUCAAAUUCUUGGUCAGAUUCCUCUUUAGCUGCUUUAGAUGAUGACUGUUCUAGUAUAUCAGUAACAGCCUGCACAUUACAUAAAAUUCUUAACUUCCUAGUUUGUACUAUAGAAGCGUGGAUUGUUUUACGUGAACAUGCUGUCGUCGCUUGCCUGUCACCCUCGUUGAUGUACUGCUUACGAAAGAGAAGAGUGUUGGAACAGCGUUGGGCUUCAGGCACACCCUUUGUUUAGUUCCUAAGAGCUCUGCUUGUAAAUCUCGCUCAAAGCAGUCGGAGUGGAAGUGCUCCGUACACACACGACUGUUCUGUGACAAGGGCGGAUCCUUCAGACGAAGCUUGGACAACCACUCUUUCAGCAAUGGUUUGUUCUUAAGCGGUAAUCGAUAGAAACGCACACCACGCUGUCUGUCCUUAUCUUUAUUAUUACAGCCGUAUGCAAUGCAAUACACCAUCCUACGCAAGAUUUGCCUACGCAGCAAUGUACACAUGCGCGAAGGUAAGACACUUCUACGUCAUCAUCCAAGAUGGCGGCGCCCACGUGACACGCCCCCAACUUUGCUUUCUUGUUUCUCUCUUCCUGACAGGCUUAGGCAAAAAGUUGUUAUGCGAAUGGAGUUGUGGCAA